AUGAAGUUUGUGGUCCAUCAAUCGGAGGCCAUGAUUCCCGCCUACUCGGUCAUCGCUCUCCGUCUGGCAUUUGAAGAAAUAUCCACCAUUUUGCCCGUUGCAAGCCAACUCGCCUGCCUCUUAAUCCCGUUCCUGGUCAACCUGAUCAACAACCUGAACAACUUGUCCAAUAUUGUCCAGAAUUUGACACCAGCACUAUUACCCUACUUUGGAUGCACAUUGCCUCUUUUGUACGCCACUUUGACAGAUUUAGCAUCAGUCCUGUUCCUGUAUAUUAGUAUUUUGAUAUCGUUGUUCAGGUCAAAUGUUUUAGCAGCGCCAGGCCUGCUCAUGGGGCUGGUCUCACAGGUCUUAAACCUGGUUCUAGGCCUGUUAACAGGCCUGUCAGACGGCACAGGCCUGUUGAGUGGACUGAUUAAAUUGAUCACAGGGGUGUUGGUGGAAUUAGAGAAGCUGUUACUGUGAGUUAGG